AAUACUGUCUUAAAGUUUCUAUAAUAUUUUGUAUGGGUCAAUGAUGUAUGAUUCGAUAGGUCAGGUGACCUAAUGUUUUGUUAUGUUAAUUUGUUUUUUCGCGGGUUCGUGAAAAAAUUGUCUAGGUGGUCAUUCUAGCCGUAGACAUCGUAUAGUUAAAAUGUCGGAGCCGGUACAGCUAGAUUCUUUGAUUAAACAGCGUGUGCAAGAAGCUGUUUCAACCGCACAGAAUGAUAUUGUACAUCACAUGGACAGGAUUAUCAAAAGCAGUUUUGACGCUUUCCAAAAGUCGACGAACGAAAAUCAACGACAACUGUCAGAAACACAACUUGCUAAGAUUGAAGAGAUGAAUUCGGACAAUUAUGUGUUUAAAAGGAAGGGGAAUGAAGAACAAUUUAAAGUCAAUUCCAAGGUUGCCAACAAGAUGAAGGAAGCUAGAUGUUUUUUGAGGGAAGACCCGGAGCAAACCGAACAGACCCAAAAGGCAGCACAAAGUAUCAGUGAAGGUUUGGAUAUUUUACGGCAUAGACAAAAAUUAGUUAAAUUGGCAGACCAAUCUGAAAGUGGCUGGAAAACAGUGACAGAAUACGAAACUCAUAGUCUGGCCGACGACUCUGAAGAUGAGAAACGAAUCAUCAGAGCCGAAAACAAAGCUGCACGUAAAAUCAAGAGCGAGAAACAAAAUAAACAACAUAGAUCAACCCCUUACAGUACCUCUCAGUCGUCGAGAUUUAAUUCCAACGCACCUAGAAAUAAUGUUCCAGUUCAACGCCCAGGGAAAUGUUAUGAGUGUGGUAUUCCCGGACAUUGGAGGGUAGACCAUCAAACUGGUGCUUUUGUUGCAACUAUGCAAAGAAACAAGAUUGACAAGAUAAGUAAAAAUGGAUCGGGUUAAAAUGUACCAUUCAGAAAGAGAUUUUACAGUGUGGAGCGAUCUCAGAAAAUUUCACUCAACUUGGUGGGAAAAUGGAAGAGUUUUUGUUACAUUCACAUAGCAGCAACACCAAUAGUAAAUAUUUUUAUUCUUUUAAACGUUGGGAACAGUUUAUAUCUAAAGAAGGAGGAAAAUCUAUUCCCGCUUCUCCAAUUCACGUUGCGUUAUAUUUAACUCAUUUACUGGAUAAAGGAUCGUCAAAAAGUGUAGUGCAAUCUGCCGUUUACGGGAUCAAGUGGGCGCAUAACAUUCAAGGAAUUCAAGAUCCGACAACAAAUUUUUUCGUUGUGAAUUUAAUGGAAGCUGCAAAACGACAACCACACAGACCGAGAAUGAAAAAAGAUCACAUUACCGUAGAUGUUUUGAUAAAUUUAUGUUCUAAGUACAAAGAUUGUAAUGAUUUACUUGUUAUACGGGAUUUAACUAUGAUUAUUUUAUGUUUUGCUGGUUUUCUUCGUUAUGAUGAAGUAAGCGGCAUUCGUUGUAAGGAUAUAGUUUUCAAAGAAGAUCAUUUUUCAAUCAAUAUAUUUAAAAGUAAAACUGACCAAUAUAGAUUAGGUGACGAAAUUGUCAUUUGUAAAGGAGAGUCAAUUGCCUGUCCAUAUUUAUUAUUGAAAAAGUAUUUUCUAUUAGCUAUGAUUAAUUCUGAAUCAGAAAACUUUUUAUUCAGACCAAUUUUCAGAUCAAAACAAGUUUGUUCAUUAAUAUAUAAAAAUAAAAGAUUAAGCUAUACCAGAGCUAGAGAAUGCAUAGUUUCUAGGUUAAAAAGUAUAUGUCCUGAUUUAAACAUUGGUUUGCAUUCUUUGAGAGCAGGUGGGGCUACUGCAGCCGCCAAUUCAGAUGUUAACGAACGUUGUUGGAAACGACACGGUCGGUGGAAAAGCGACACUGCUAAAGAUGGUUACGUGGCCGAUUCACUUGAUCAUCGGCUUCAGGUUACGAAAAAACUAGGUUUGUGAAUGUUGAGGGUUUGAAUUUUAUUUUAUAUUAUGUUUUAUGAUUUUAUAAGUAUCUUGCAUUGUAUUCAUAUUGCAUUUCUCGCGCCCGUUCUUUGUUUUUCUAGUCUGUCUGCACGGCAAAAUGCAUAUUUUAGUUGAGUCUAAUUUAGUGGCCAAAUUAUUGUGUAGUUAGGACAUAUAUUUUUCAGCGUUUCGCAGUAUAGCGGAAAAAUACUGUCUUAAAGUUUCUAUAAUAUUUUGUAUGGGUCAAUGAUGUAUGAUUCGAUAGGUCAGGUAACCUAAUGUUUUGUUAUGUUAAUUUGUUUUUUCGCGGAUUCGUGAAAAAAUUGUCUAGGUGGUCAUUCUAGCCGUAGACAUCGUAUAGUUAAAACUUCCUUUUUUGAAUAAAAAAUUGUGUUUUUAUAUAAUCAUGAUCAUGAUGGAGUACGGCAUCAUUACCCAGAAACGGUUCUUGCAUUGCUCCGUGCGCAGAUUUCCAAACUUUUUAAGUUGGUUUUUCCUGGGCGGCGAGUGUCUGUUUAUGACGGGUAUUCAUAAUACGAUAUUUAUCAUUUGAAUGUUAUUGGAAGUUAAUAGAUAUUUAUUACUAUUGUUGCCGGAAGUAUAUUUUUUGGUUCACAAAGUUUUGUGUUAAAUUACUUAGUAUAAAUACUAUUAUAUAUGAUGUAUGCAUAUGUAUAUAUGAGAUUAUUGUAUUGUACUGAAUUGCAAAUUUGAUUAAAUGCUGGCUCCAGUCUGUCUGCACGGCAAAAUGCAUAUUUUAGUUGAGUCUAAU